CACACGUUUGUCUUUCCUGUUUUACUCGGCGAGCUGCUGCUGCAGCCUCACGCCUACCCAAAGACCAAACUCUCCGCUCUGGCAGCGUUAGGACUCGUGGGUCUGGCUUAUUUAUCUUGGAUAAUCUGGGUGUAUGCGUCAGUAGGAAUCUGGGUGUAUCCUCUGCUGGGGUAUUUCAGUGCUGCUGGUCUGAUGGGCUUCUUCUUGUUCAACAUGUCUGUGGUGACCCUGCUCUACCUGCUCGGGCAGGAGCUGGACGGUCGCCUCUGGAGAAAGAGCGAAGCAAAGACGGGCCUAUCGUGAGACGUUCAGGUCCAGUCUGCACCACUCCCAACAUCCCCUCUACACGUUUUCAUUUCAUUUGUUAUUUAAUAAAAAUUAACUGAAACCUG